AUGAGCGAGAAGAAAAUAAAGGCUUAUGUUGUACGUGAACAACCUAAAAAACUGAACUUCCGGCCAUGCACGAGUGAUGUUAAAGUGAUUGUUAAAGCUAUGUUAGUGAGUUUAGCACUGUAUGCCGACAAGAUAUUGAGAAGAUUACCCGCCGAUACCAAAGAAAAUGUCUUGUGGGGAAUUUUGAUAUUUCUGCUUUUGGCAAUGACCCUUGAUCGGUAUUUGAGAAUCAUGAAGCCGUUGAAGUACCCAGUAUUUAUGACGCAGUCACGGUGUAUUUUAUUGAUAGCAUCCGUCUCAAUCAUCGGGGCUGUUGUCUGUCUUCUGCCCCUGAUGGCAUGUCAGGAAGGUGGAAUUGAUACUUAUUACAAAGAUGCCAAAUGGUCGAACGAGAGCAGAAAGGAAAAAACUGGUAGAAAGCCAAGCUGUAUCUUCGAAGACGACGCCAUUGGAAACUCGAGUCUAGCUUUCAGAGCUCGGAUAGUUCAGAAUUCUUUGCCAAACCGACUGAUUUUAUCAGUUCUCAUAGUGACCACAAUAACCAGUGGGAAGGAUGCUGCUGUUGUUGCUUAUCUUCAUCAUCACUCAGAUCGGGCAAGUUUUCAGAAAAAUCACGUCCUCAGUCAAUCGAUUGUAAGGCCAGAACUUUGUCAGCAGUCAGAGCGUGUUCUAUAA